AGCUAGACUUUAUUAUCAUCCGGUUAUGCCUGAAAACGUGUUUCACAUCCACAAAAUGAAUACAAAGAGAAAGAGACAGCAGGGGAGCAGUGGUAGCCUUGUUUAUUGUAAAAAAGCAAAACCUGACCCAGAUUUACAACGAAAUCGUAAACCUGUUGACCCACCAGAACUGGAAAACAAGGUCAAACAACAGAAGAAAAGGAAAGGAAGCAAAAACAACCAAGUGCCGAGGAGGGAAAAACUGUGCAAAGAUAAAACGUUGGGUGAAGAUACAUGUAAAACCGAGCUACGCAUUACAAGUGCACCAAGAGAGGAAAAGAAAUUCAAGGAUGCAUUAUCAGGUCAGACAGUGACUGUUCAAAAGAGCACAGCAGCAUCUAGUACAAGUGUGACAGCCGACAAUAAGGCAGUGACAGCCGACAAUAAGGCAGGCGGAGGCACAGAUUCCAAGAAGACUGGCAAGAAACUGAAUAAAUGGCAGAGAUUCAAGAAAAAGACUGACAAGAUUGAUGAGAAAGAAGACAAAAAGAAAGCCAAGAAUAUGCCACUUGCUGUCAAGACAAAGGGAAAUAAACCUACCAUGGGGAAUGUGAAGCCUAUGGAUGUCUCAUCAAACUGGAAACAACUUCAGCAGGAUUUGGGAAUACAAACAAAACGGAAGAAUGUUAACCAGAAAGUGACGGCAACCAAAGAGGAGAGUCAGGAAGACAAGGAACCAGAGAUUUGGUUUGACGAUGUGGAUGAAAUUUUGCUGGACAGAAAAAUCAAACAUACAGAGAAGUGUACAAGUACCCACAAUCCCCUGGUCAAGGUCGAUUCCUACGGGGGGUUGACCAAGGUCGUCGCUAUGGACUGCGAGAUGGUGGGGGUGGGGAGGGAGGGCAGGGAGAGCAUGUUGGCCCGGGUGUCCAUCGUUAACCAGCACGGUCAUUGUGUGUAUGACCACUUUGUACGGCCCAUGGAGGAAGUGGUCGACUACCGCACCAAGGUCAGCGGAGUACGCAAACACGACCUUGAGAAUGGUAAGGAGUUUGCUGUAGUCCAGAAGGAAGUGGGAGAAAUUCUCCAGGGGAGGAUACUUGUAGGGCAUGCCAUUCAACAUGAUUUACAGGUUUUGUAUAUUGGACACCCUAAAAAAGAAAUUCGGGACACUUCACGCUAUAAAAGAUUCCGGCAGGUGACCAAUGGGAGAACUCCUUCCCUGAAGAAACUGUCCGCUCAGGUCCUUGGGGUCAGUGUACAAGAGGGGGAGCACAACUCUGUACAAGAUGCCCAAGCCACCAUGCGAUUGUACACCAUGUACAGGAAACAGUGGGAAAAGGAAAUAAAAGAGAAAACCAAACCAGGGAGGAAAAACAAAUCACAUAAGAAGAAAAAAAUAGAUAAUAGAAACUUAACAGACAGUAAAACAAGGGUUGUUACCAAGGAGACUGUGAUACCAUCCUCCCUGUUAGAAAGAGAUUAGAUGUGUUCAUUACCUGAUAAACUACAUUGUUGUUUUUUUUUAUAAUCCUUGUAUCGUCUUAUACAUGUAUACCAGUACUGUGGCACGUUUAUUGCUUCAUGUGAUCCCGAUGUAAAUGGUUAAUGAACAAUGUAUGAUUUUUAAAAACAAAAAUUGUGUGAUGUUUUAUUAUGACAUAAAUGUUCAUAUCAAUGUUUACAAGUAAAUGCGUUGAUAAUUUGUGCAUGAAUACAUAAAUCAUUAUCAUCAUAUAAAAGGCAAUGCACUGCCAGAUUAUAAGUGGUGUAUCCAUGUAAAGCAGUAUCUACAAAGGAAGGAAAGAGGUAUUAUAACAGAUAAAUAAAAAAAAUGA